AUGCGUCAGCAAUCUCUUCCAUUAAUUUCAUCUGCUCCUUGUUUUGGAAACUCAGGGAAUUCAUCAAAGUUUAGAAAGAGAAAAAGUCCAUCUAUACUUGACUUUUAUAGGUACAAAAGGAACAGCAACAUGCAAAACAUGGAACACAAACAAAAGGGGACAAUUCAAUUAUCAAAUUCAUCAAAACCUGUAAAGUCAUCAUCACCUUCAUUGCCACAAACAUGGACAGCAAUUGACAAGAGAGCAAAAAGGAAGCUAACUUUUGCUACAGAUGGAAGCAAGGGCCAAAGCAAGCUAAUUUGGAGUGAUAAGACUGAUCAAACUCUGAACAGAAGAUUGUAA